AUGUAUCGAAAUUUGCCGACCAACCGUACCCCAAAUGAUGAGAAACCUACAAAUGAGAAUGGUAGAAUUAAAAAUUCUUCAUCUUGCAAUUUUUGUAGACUGAAAAAAACUAAAUGCAUUUAUACAAACAAUGGUUUGUGCCAGCAAUGCAUCAAACAUAACCAAGUUUGUAAAUCCGAUCCUCAGAAAAAGAGGGGCCCUAAAAGUUCUAAGAAAGUGACUGAUUCAAACACACAAUCUAAUGCUAAUAGGGAUUUACAAACUGUGCGUGAAGCAUUUUUUCAAUUUAGAAAUGGAAAUCAACAGCUUUUACUCGAUUUAAUUCAAGAAUUUAUGACAAAUGGAAAUUGGGUUGAUAAUGAACGAACAUUAACCAAUUUAAUUAUAAACAGAAAUUUGGAUGAAAACCCUGAAUUGAAUCAA